AUGCCUCCCUCAUACUUCCCUCUUAGAUGGGAGAGCACUGGAGACCAAUGGUGGUAUGCAUCACCUAUUGAUUGGGCAGCAGCCAAUGGCCUAUAUGAUUUAGUCAGUGAGCUUCUUCACCUUGACACCAACCUCCUCAUCAAGCUGACCUCUCUUCGCCGAAUUCGGCGCCUUGAAACUGUCUGGGAUGACGAGGCUCAAUUUGAUGAUGUUGCAAAAUGCCGCUCUCAAGUUGCCAAGAGACUCCUCCAUGAGUGCCAAGCACAGAGGGGCCACAACUCUCUGAUCAGGGCUGGCUAUGGUGGCUGGCUUCUGUACACUGCUGCCUCAGCUGGGGAUGUGGGUUUUGUCAAAGAGUUGCUUGAAAGAGAUCCUCUUCUUGUUUUUGGAGAAGGAGAGUAUGGUGUCACUGACAUCUUUUAUGCUGCAGCCAGGAGCAAGAACUCUGAGGUUUUUAGGCUCUUGUUUGAUUUCUCAGUCUCCCCAAGGUUUAGUCUUAGCAAUGGAGAAGUGGAAGAGCGGUUGGGUGAUAUUACUUCAGAUUUCAAGUGGGAAAUGAUGAACCGUGCGGUUCAUGCUGCUGCUAGAGGUGGGAAUUUGGAGAUAUUGAGGGAUCUCCUUGGGGAUUGUGAAGAUGUUUUGGCUUACAGGGAUGCUCAGGGAUCUACUAUUUUGCAUACAGCCUCUGGCAGAGGGCAGGUUGAGGUGGUUGAGUAUCUAAUAGCAUUCUUUGAUAUCAUCACCAUUGUAGAUAAUCAAGGGAACACAGCUUUACAUGUGGCCGCUUAUAGGGGUCACUUAGCUGUGGUGGAGGUCCUAAUUCGUGCAUCUCCCUCAUUAACCUCUUUAUCAAACAACUAUGGUGAUACCUUUCUACAUUUGGCAGUUGCUGGUUUCCGAAGCCCUGGUUUCCGGAGACUGGACAAACAGAUCGAGCUCACUAAGCAAUUAGUAUGUGGUAAUAUUGUGAACACGCAGGACAUUAUUAAUGUUAGGAACAAUGAUGGACGAACCGCUCUUCACAUGGCUGUAAUUGAGAACGUUCAAUGUAAUUUGGUGGAACUCCUCAUGACUGUUCCAUCAAUUGAUUUGAACAUCCGUGAUUCUGAUGGUAUGACCCCACUAGAUAUUCUCAAACGAAGGCCAAAGUCAGCAUCUUCUGAACUUCUGAUCAAGCAAUUGAUUUCAGCUGGAGGGAUCUCCAAGUGUCAAGAUCAUAAAGCCAGGAGUGCCCUUGUUUCCCAUUUGAAAAUGCAGGGUAUUGGGAACAGUCCUGGGACCUCCUUCAGAAUUCCUGAUGCAGAGAUAUUCUUAUACGCAGGCAUUGACAAUGCUUCUGAUGCCAGUUGUGAACAGUCAAGUGUGCAAUUCUCAGGCGAGCUAAAUCAGUUAGGCUCAGCCAACUCAGUAAACAAUAAGAAGUCAGGUUCUGUAAAUUAUGCGGCAAGGAGCCUUAAGUUUCUCCUUCAAUGGCCUAGGAGGAAAGAAAAAAAGGAAUCUAUCAGAGACUUAGGAGAUGGUGAUUCUUCAGAGUCAUUUAGUCCAUGUAUAGAUUUGGACGACAAUCCAAUCCCACUUCGGCAGAUGUAUUCGAAAUCUUCCUCCCUUCCAAACAACAAAAGGACGCUUUCUGUCAGGAGUUUUCUUCCAAGCCCAUACACUAAGAUGAAAUUUACUGCUGGUCUAACACAUGGUGUAAUUCAGGCAAAGCCUCAUUUAGCUUUUCCAGCUCAUUCAUUUUCAGGUCCUCUGUCAAGGUCAUCUAUGUCUUCACCUACUUUCAUUGACAAAGAGAAGAGUGUUGACAUUCUAGGACCCUCUUGCUCAAAUGGGAAAGCGCCGCAAGUGAACUUCAAACAGAGUGAGUUCAACAAGAAGAUAAUAAACCAAUAUUUGUGUGUUGGCGCGCAAGGCCUGGACACGGAAGAAUCAAUUAGCUGCGCAUGGCCAAAUCAGAGUUACAAACAUUCCACUUCUCUAGUUGCUUGA